AUGAUGCCGCACCCACGAGCCUGCCUACUCCUUUCGAAGCAGCCGCUUCGAAUUGGACGACUUACCUACUCCCAAACUCUUCUCCCUCGAACACCCCGGGCAGUCAUUCCCAAGCGGAGGCUAUAUACCACUGAGAACCACACCCCCCAAUUUGCCGAGACUCAAGAUGAAACACAAGAUUUAUCGCAUUUGAACCCAUCGCCAGAAGACUACUCUCGCUUCAUAUUCCAAGACAAAUGCUCCGUCACAAUGCAUGCCGGCGCUGGCGGACACGGCUGCGUUGCCUUUCUACGAGAAAAGUAUAUUGAAGAGGGUCCCCCGAAUGGAGGCGAUGGUGGCAGCGGAGGAGGCAUUUACAUACAAGCCGUGGAGGGAUUGACUAGUCUACACAAACUCGCUCGAAGGGGUGUCAUCCGAGCUAGCCGAGGAAAAAACGGACAAGGCAAAAGCAAAGGCGGAAAACGGGGCGAUGAUGUCUUAAUCCAGGUACCUGUUGGGACAGUGGUUCGUGAGAUCGAUCGCCACGAUCCCGUCGCAGAGGAGAUGGCUCUUAGGCGGAAAAUUUAUGAGGAUCAACAGCUUGAGCAGCAAGAACGGCGUGCAGAGCGUACUGAGAAGCGGCUUGAGCAGCGCGCAAAGUCGGAGGAUAUGGAAGAAGGGGAGGAGCUUGAAGAGAUGGAGGAGGAGGAAGAUGAAAUCACGCCUAUUCGUUUUGAUCGCUGGGUACUCUAUCCUGGCGCCAACCCGGCCGAUUUCUUGACGGUAGACUUUCCGCGAUUAAAACCGCGGCGACAGGGUAUUGCCGCAAUGGAGCCCCAGGCCCCGAUUUUCCUUGAUCUUUCAGCGCCAAUGGACAAGCCAAUGUUGUUGGCAGCUGGUGGUGCCGGCGGUUUGGGCAACCCUCAUUUCGUGGGUCGUGUUCGUGGACGGCCAAAAUUUGCUUCUCGGGGUGAAGGUGGAAUGAAACUAGAGCUUGACUUUGAACUCAAGUUGUUGGCAGAUGUUGGUCUUGUCGGCAAACCCAACGCUGGAAAAAGCACUCUUCUACGAUCAUUGACAAACAGUCGCACCCGGAUUGGCAACUGGGAGUUCACUACCUUGUCCCCGCACAUCGGCACCGUUAUAGUUGACGACCACAGAGGCAGACCGCUGGUAGAGAACCGAGGAAAGAAAAAUCGUACUCACUUCACGAUUGCGGAUAUCCCCGGUCUGGUUGAAGGUGCACACCUCGACCGGGGUCUUGGUCUUGGAUUCCUUCGGCACAUUGACCGGGCGGGCAUCCUGGCCUUUGUGUUGGACCUGAGUAAUGGAGACCCCGUACAAGAGCUGCAGAAACUAUGGCACGAACUCGGCGAGUAUGCAAGAAUUCGCGACUCAGAGCCCGAAACCGUUCCCGAGGAGCCGCAGGGUGUGAUCGACUGGGACACGUCUUCUGCCGCUUAUCCAGAGUUCGAAGAUGAUACACCUCAAGAGACAUUUCACAGGCCAGCCCGAGGUCUCCCUCAUCUCCCCAUGCCUCCUCUACACACCAAAGCUUGGUUUGUCGUAGCCACCAAGGCUGAUCUCGAGCACACACAACCGCAGUACCGAGCGCUCCAAGAGUAUUUAACUGCAGUUGAAAAAGGCGAGAUUGAGCACCCAUCUGGGCACCCUGAUGGCUGGAAACAGAAGUUGCGAGCUGUUCCUGUCAGUGCUAUUCGAGGCGAGGGUGUAACUCAGAUCCCUAAACUGGUGAUGGAGUUCCUGGACUAA